AUGGCAGAGUACAAUAAGCUUUCCCAGGUUACUUUUAACCCCAUGAUCAGGGCUUGGCGUUUCAGAGUGCAACUACACAAGAUCUACCCUUACGCGAUUACCAACCUUGGGACUUACUAUAAGUAUAUCCUCGCAGAUGAAGAUGGAUACAAGAUGGAGAUGACCACUGGUGGGGAUUAUCCAAAUUUUAGAGGCCUUGAGAAGGAAGAGGGAAGAUGGGUGGAAAUCUUUGUGGUAGAAGUUGAACGAACCUACCCAGGUUUCCAGCCAACUAGGUCUCCGUUCAGACUAAAUGCUACGCGUUGUACGCAAGUCCGCAUCAUCGAACCUUUGAACAGUCGUGUUUUCUUGGACUUCAAAAGCAUCCAUGAAAUCCCUCGCAUGCACUGGCGUGACCUCAAAUAUCCCAUAGAUACAAUGGGAGUGGUCUUCAACAUGGAAACCUAUCUCGAUGCCCCUUCAGGACCAAGGAUGGAGUUUUACAUAAGGGACAACAUUGACCAUCAGAUAAAAUGUGUGGUGACCGGCAAUCGGGCAUAUGCCUUCCGGGAUGGUCUUGAUUACAUGAGUGGUGGGGGGUCGUAG